UUGCAACCCAUGCAUGCGAACACUCUGCAAUGGGGUGUAGUGACUUUCGUCAAAAGUAGGUAAACGUGGAAACAAUAACCAAACGAUAAGCCAAACAGACAUAUGACCGUUCUGGGGUCAUAAACCCUUUAACGUUCAUUCCUUUAUUGCAUUUCAUUGCAGCGUAUGCGAUGACAUAUGAUCACAAGAGAAACCCAAGUGGAAGGUCCAAAAGCAAUUGAUACCAAAAUAGUUUGACACAUUUACCAAAUGUGUUAGUCAUCGAUUGGAUAUUGUUUUCAACGCUAUAUAAGUAGAAUGACAAGACAAGAUUAGAUUGGAUAGGCGGCUUUCUUGAGAGCUCUGUCCACAGCACAAUCUAUAUAAGGCUAAGCACUUGAUGGCAAAGUAAGGCCAUCUAUUUCAUGGCGAUCCUGCCCAUACGUAUCAGGAAAAUAGGUGACACUUCAGUACCAACUCCACAACCCAGGCCGAUAACCGUAGAGGAAUAAGAGACGCCAGGGCCGUGCACAGGAAGAAAAACUAACGAGGAUACCUGUGCUACCAAAACCAAAACACAAGCGUGCCGGCAAGGUGGUUGCACUGAGGAAGAAGCUGGUGGUACUCCACGCCAAGGUCUCCCAAGCAGAAGAAGCAGUUAAUCCUCCGCCAUGGGACAUGGUCCAAAAAAAAAUAUUGUAAAAUUGUAAAUAAAAAAACACAAGAAUGUACACUCACACACACAAAUAAAACUUAAAAUGAAAUAAUAAAAAUUAAGCAUUAAGUUUUAUCAUAUUUUGCAUAUCCCUUGAAAGUUGUAUUAAACAACAAAAUAACUGUUAUAACAAAGACAUUAAUUAAAAACAUUAAACUAAGGCAAAAAAAAAAUUUGAACUAAGAAAAUAUCAUGAACUAUGAUUAGUCUAUGACUAUCUUGAAAAAAUAUAUACAUAAUGUCUUGGUGGAAGAAAGCAUUUAGUGCAAUACUAAUAGCCGUGUCUGGUUACGAGGUUGGAAAAGACAGACAAGGUGAAAAAAUAGAAAAGUUAGCCGAAAAAAUUAACCAGCAUAAUGAACCAAUUUUAAACCACAACGAAUCAGGAAUGAAUAUUACACACAUUAUUAUUAUUAUUGUCAUGUUGUUAACAAUCACAGUUCUGUACUCAUUAAUAAAAAGUUAUUUUAAAUACAAACACAAUAAAAUAACGGCUACAACGCCAAGGAUUUAAAAAAUAGUAAACUUUAUGUCGAUUUUGCAAAACCCAUAAAUGACAAGUCCUGUCACGUGGAGGGACAUAACAGAUAAACUCAGAAGCAUUAAGGCAGAAUUUGAUAGAUCGUACAAAUGCCUGAAUAGGACACCAGUACCCUCCAACCACACUCAAAUAAAACAUUUAAGAACACUGGUUUAUCAGCAUAAUACGAUCACAGGCCUCAGCAAGACAGUCUACCCAUUCCUAAGCACCAAUCACCAGGAAGAAUUCAUAAAAUUUUUUUCCUCAAUCAAAACAAAACUGGAAGCAAUUUUCAAACAUUUAGAAUAUAGGGACAAAGUACCGGAAGAGAUAAACAAAUUCCUAAUAAUCAAGUUCCAAGAUACAGGGGGAGAAACAUCAGACGAAGAGGUAGGAAAAACUAACACAAUGACCACUAUGACUCCUGUAGAAUUUAUAAAUUUGGCUACAAAGCUGUUGCCAGAGUUUGAUGGCAAAGCUGAAAAUUUGACCAAAUUCAUUAAUGCACUCGACAUACUAGAUUCGAUCAAAGGAGAUAACGGAAGCAUUGCAAUUUCAUUAAUCAAAACCAAACUCAACCAAACAGCGAGCAGGUUAUUGACGAAUGAAGCAACAAUCGGGGCAAUAAAAAGCACACUGACCGCUAACGUGAAACACGAGUCCUCACAAAGUAUUGCAGUGAAAUUGUUGGGCAUAAAACAACACAACAAGUCUGACGGCGAUUUCGCCAAAGAAAUUGAAUCCCUUGCACAACAACUAGAGCUUGCUUACAUCUCCGAUGGAAUGUCGUCAGCGUUGGCAAGAAACUAUUCAGCACAUUCGGCAGCAAAAGCGAUAAGAACCAAUGCAAGGUCUGAUGAAGUAAAAAUGUUAAUGAGGGCAGGGCAGUUCUCAACAGUUAGUGACGCAGUCACCAAAUUCAUUGAGUUAGGGGCCGAAAGCUCAGGCACCCUUCAGGUAAACUAUAUAAAUAAUUCAUACAGAGGGAACAAUUCUAACAGGAGAAAUAAUUCAUUUAGAGGAAAUAAUUCUUACAGAGGUAAUAGAAACUAUAGAAACCAUUACCGAAAUAAUCGGGGUAGAAACCACAGUAACUAUAAUAACAGCAACGGCAACCCAAACAGAAACAACGAUAACAAUAAUAGCUAUAGGGGCCGUAAUAACCAUAACAGGAAUGUACGCUACACGGAAGCAUCGGAAAACACAGAGCACCCCCAGAGUGCCCAACUGGGGAGUGCGCAAAAUUAAACACUGCGAACUUAUUAAACAUCAAUUUGUCAUUUAGUAACUUCGUCACCGUAAAUUCCUCGCUAAAUGACUACGAGUCCACCUUUUUAAUAGACACAGGCUCGGAAAUUAGUAUAUACAAAACAUCGGCAAAUGAUCAAAUUCAAAUAAAUACAAAUCAUAUCUACAAUUUAAAAGGCAUAGGAAAUGGUUCCAUAAAAACCUUAGGUGCCACUACAGCUACACUUUAUAUAAAUAACUCAGAAAUCAUUCACAACUUCCAAAUAGUAGACGAAAAUUUUCCAAUCCCUUGCGAUGGUAUUAUAGGGUUAGACUUCAUAAAACAAUUCAAUUGUCUAUUAUAUUACAUGUAUAAUGGUCCAAGUCUA